AUGACUAACCCAGUAUUGUUUCACGUUAGGGACUAUAGAGGAGCCACUAUCGAGGAUUUGGAUAUCAAGCCCGCCUUGUCAAUAAACCCUACUACUAAUAUCAACAUAGCAUUAGAAAUAGCAUUCGAAAAUGAGUUCACUUACUUACCUGUGAUCCAUGAAGAGAAUAAAAGAUUAUUAGGGGUCUUAAAUGUGGGAUUAUUAAGAGAUAACCCUAAUAAAUUGAACACCAGUUUCUUAAAACCAAUAGUUAAGAAUUAUAUGAUAUGGUUCAAUCAAAAAUCAAGAGAAUUCUAUGAAAAGCAAGAUAUAAAACCUGUUGAACCUGUUAGAAACAGAACCAUCAUGAAACCAAGAGCCAAAAAAUAUAAAGUUUUAACUCCCUGGACUCCUUUGGAACAAUUAGCAGAUUUCUUCAAUAAUGGAAUUUACUUCGCUAUAAUAACAAAUGAUGAAGGUAACUUUGUUUAUGGUGUUGCAACACCAGAAGAUUUAACCAAAUACGAGAAUUCUAGACCAAGGUUGUAG